GAUCUGGGUUUCUCUCUUUCAAUCAUCCUUCAAGCUCAUCUUUUUCUUCAACCCAAGAACGAAAGUCUCCUCCUUUAUCAAUGGGUUGCCUCAGUAGUAAACACCGGAAAACUCAAAACGACGGCGGAGAAAGAUCAAUUCCGAUCAAUCCAGUUCAAACCCAUGUCGUUAAUCAAGUCCCCGAGCAUCGUAAACCUCAAAUCCCAACACCUAAACCCAUGAAUCAACCAAUCCAUCAACAGAUUUCAACGCCGUCUUCAAACCCAAUCUCAGUUCGAGAUCCGGAUACGAUUUUAGGUAAACCAUUCGAAGACAUCAGGAAAUUUUACAGCUUGGGGAAAGAAUUAGGUCGAGGUCAAUUUGGGAUUACGUAUAUGUGCAAAGAGAUUGGGACUGGGAACACUUAUGCUUGUAAAUCGAUUCUUAAGAGGAAGCUAAUUAGUAAGCAAGAUAAAGAAGAUGUGAAGAGAGAGAUUCAGAUAAUGCAGUAUUUGUCUGGACAACCAAAUAUUGUUGAGAUUAAAGGUGCUUAUGAAGAUAGACAAUCUGUGCAUUUGGUUAUGGAGUUGUGUGCUGGUGGUGAGUUGUUUGAUAGGAUUAUAGCUCAAGGUCAUUAUUCUGAGAGAGCUGCUGCUGGUAUCAUUAGGUCUAUUGUCAAUGUUGUUCAGAUUUGUCAUUUUAUGGGUGUGGUUCAUCGAGAUCUUAAGCCUGAGAAUUUCUUGCUUUCGAGUAAAGAGGAGAAUGCUAUGCUUAAAGCUACCGAUUUCGGGUUGUCUGUCUUCAUCGAAGAAGGAAAAGUUUACCGGGAUAUAGUUGGGAGUGCUUACUAUGUUGCUCCUGAAGUAUUAAGGCGAAGUUACGGAAAAGAAAUCGACAUUUGGAGUGCAGGUGUCAUUUUAUACAUUCUACUCAGCGGUGUACCUCCUUUUUGGGCCGAAAAUGAGAAAGGCAUAUUCGAUGAGGUUAUAAAAGGUGAAAUUGAUUUUGAAACCCAACCAUGGCCUUCUAUAUCUGAGAGCGCAAAAGAUCUUGUUAGGAAGAUGCUAACCAAAGACCCAAAGAGGCGAAUCACAGCUGCACAGGUUCUUGAACAUCCUUGGAUCAAAGGGGGAGAAGCACCGGACAAGCCGAUUGAUAGCGCUGUGUUAUCCCGUAUGAAGCAAUUCCGGGCAAUGAACAAGCUUAAGAAACUAGCUCUUAAGGUUAUCGCGGAGAGUUUAUCAGAAGAGGAAAUCAAAGGUCUUAAAACCAUGUUUGCAAAUAUAGAUACUGAUAAAAGCGGGACAAUCACUUAUGAAGAACUCAAAACCGGGCUAACUAGGCUUGGGUCUAGACUCUCUGAAACUGAAGUUAAGCAACUCAUGGAAGCCGCUGAUGUGGAUGGUAAUGGAACAAUCGACUACUACGAGUUUAUCUCUGCAACAAUGCAUAGAUACAAAUUGGAUCGAGAUGAGCAUGUCUACAAAGCAUUCCAACACUUUGAUAAAGACAACAGCGGGCACAUAACUAGAGAUGAGUUAGAAAGUGCCAUGAAAGAAUAUGGAAUGGGAGAUGAAGCUAGCAUCAAAGAAGUUAUAUCCGAAGUUGAUACCGACAAUGAUGGAAGAAUAAACUUUGAGGAAUUUUGCGCGAUGAUGAGAAGCGGCACCACGCAGCCACAGGGGAAGUUGCUUCCAUUCCAUUGAUCAAGACGGCAUAAAUCCUAAUAGUUUAUCAACCGAAAGCGAUUUCUUAAACCCGGAGAGAAGAGUUAAACUGGGGGUAAACCGAGGUGAUUCCGUUGAUAUACUGUCUCAAAAUGUUCUCCUUUCUUCUCUGUGUUUGGACAGAUUUAUUUAUCCUUCUCCUUAGUUAGUCUGGAAACUGAGUUUGAGACUUUGAGAUACUGUCAUGUCUUAGCUUUUUGUAACAAUAACAAAUCCACUUCUUC